AUGGCACUGUCCAGGGGCCUGCGGUGCUGCCAGCGGGUCUUCGGCUGGGUUCCCGUCGCCAUCAUCACCCUGGUGGUGCUCUGGUCCUACUACGCCUACGUCUUCGAGCUCUGCUUGGGUGAGGCUGGGCGUGGAGCGCGAGGGGCACGGAUUCUCCCUGGGCGUCAAGCCCCACUGGAAACAGGCGGGCUUCCUCAUGAGUUGUAACCGGGAGGGAAAGGCAAGGGGAGGACGCGCAGACCCCGAGCGCACUUUGCCCCCCCCCCCCGCCCGCAGGGAGGCAGGUGGGCUUCCUCGUGGGUAAACGCCUUGCCUGGGAGUGAGCCCCUCUGAACGCACAGGGGUUUCCCUCUGAGCAAAGGCAGGAAGGGGGCUGCGCGGAUCCUGGGCGCACUUUGUCUCCCAAGGAGUAAGCCUCCUAGGGCACAGGUGGGCUUCCUCCCGGGUAAAUGCGACGCCGCCAGCUCCGCAUCUCCUUCUGAAGGGGUGGCUGAAAACCUCCCUGCGUGCCCUUGCUGGGGUGCAGGCAAGAGUCCACUGCUCGUAAUCGAGGGAGUUUGCGAGGUGAGGCGACCCUGCUGCCUGGGGCAGCAGACCCCAAUUUCGGUCUCUCCCCCCCCCCCCCGCGCCACCUCCCAUGUUCCUGAUGUGGGAUUUCCCCGACCCCCUUCCUCCCUGAUGGGGAAAGGGAAACCACAAUUUUGGGGUCCUCAGGUGCCGAAAUGUCUUGGGCUGGCCCUGAGUCCUUAUACUGUACAGUACUGCGCAGCAAGCCCUAACAGAGGUUUCGUAGUUCAGCGUUGCCCCCUCAAGACACUGAGAGGGUUAUGAGCUCUCAGCAGGAGCGAGGUUGGGACAAGGGACUUCCUGGUUCUCAGUCUUCAGUGGGGUGAAUUCAAACCCAAUGCUUCUCUUUCUCUAGCCUGACCUCUUCCUUUUCUGUUUUUGCUGCGAUCCUGCCACCCUCUUGAGCCAGCCUUGAUUGUGUAUCACAAAAACCUGAGGCAGUUGUAGCAGGGGAGAUAGAGCCUGGUGUGAGGCAGGAGAACAAAGCUACCUAGCUCUGCUAGAGAAGCUGUGGUGUUUCUAUAUAAAAAUAAAAUGGACUUUCUAUAGAAAUGAUAAUCAUGAUUUUUUUAAAAAAGAAACACUACCUUGGUUUGUAACUGGCCAAACCAUCAGUUUCUGUCAAUGGUCAACAUGCUUAUUUAUCACUCAUCCAAAACAGAUCAAACAUAUUUACCAUCAAGUCAUAAUACUGCAGAUUAUACUUCAGCUUGCAUUCUGUUGACUUUGUUUUUAUCACCCCUUCGGAUUAUGUUACAGUAAUUGAUUUGUGAAUGAAAUGGUUGGCAUUAUAAUUAUGAUAAUAUGAUGGGGAUAAUAAUAAGUCAGAUUUGGAAAUGGUUUGUCAUUGGGAAUGGGGUUAGCGGGGAGGGGAAACGAGCCUGCUUAGAGGGAGGCUUGUGUUGGAAUUGGGUGAAAGCAAAGCUAGUGAUUUGAUGCUAAAUGGAGGAGAAAUAACCAGUAAGCUUCAAGGCCAAGAAUUUGGCUCCAGGUCUCCCUGGGCAAAGUCCAGCACAGUGGCUGUGCUGUACCACUCUGAUAACAUGCCUGCCUGCCACACCAGUUUAAAGUACAGAGCUAGUAGUUUCCAACAAUCCAAGGUGAGAGAAGGGAGAAUAUAUUGAUGCUCAUUCCCUCUCCUACCAACAUGAACUAGCUGGCCUUUGGUCUAAUACAGCAGGGAUUUUCUUACAUUAUUAGGGUGGAAAGGAUGAUGUUUGGGAGGGUUGGUGCUCUUUUUGUGGUGAGGAAGGGAGGGAAAAUUUAUAUAUUUCCUUCCAAGAUUAUGCAUAUAGCAUAGGAAGUAACAUACAGAAAUGAUAUGCACUCAGGAAUGCACUGUAAUGCAAAGCCUUCAUCAGGACUUUCUUGGUUGUGGUCAUUUCCCUGUGGAAGAGCCUUCACAGAGAAGCCCACCAAUGCCUCUUAUUACAGUGGUACCUCGGGUUACGUACUUAAUUCGUUCUGGAGGUCUGUUCUUAACCUGAAACUGUUCUUAACCUGAAUCACCACUUUAGCUAAUGGGGCCUUCCGCUGCUGCCGCGCCACCACUGCAUGAUUUCUGUUCUCAUCCUGAAGCAAAGUUCUUAACCUGAAGCACUAUUUCUGGGUUAGCGGAGUCUGUAACCUGAAGCAUAUGUAACCUGAAGCGUAUGUAACUUGAGGUACCACUGUAUAGGUCUUUUGGUUGACAUUUGGGUAAAUUGGCAUGAUUGCUGUACUGAUUUUACUGACUCUCAUUAUGGUUUUAUCACAUUUUUGUCAGCCAGACAGGGGAGACAUCAGAUACAUUUCAAAAUAAAUAAAACACAUGCCUUUUAAAGCAGGAGUAGUUGCACAUGACCAGUCAAGGCAGCUGCUUAAGGCCCAAACUACUGCCAGUCACCUGUAGUUCUUUCCUGCACCCACCCUUUUCCAAAAGCAUUCAGGCCAGAUUCUGUCUUGAGCAAGGAGAUGUGAGAGGCUGCUUUCACUUCUGGAGAUCAUGCUGCUUGGUAUUGCCCCCUCCCCAGCACACAUGUUUACUUGUAGAAGAAACUUCUUUGUUUUCCCCAGUCUAGUCCUCACAGCUCUCCCACAGCUGCAUAUGUUAUUUUGUUGUUUAUGUUGCUUUUCUAAGGAAGAUAAAAUGUGAGUAAAUAUACGUGAGCAUCAGAUAUAGGCUGAGCCUCCAUCUUAUUGAAUCAGCUCACAUUACCUCCACUUGUGAAUUCUUGUUUAAGAAUAAACAGAUCAGCAUUUUUAGCACAGAUUGUCCUUUAGCUUGUGCCAAUGCAUUCACAAAAUCAGUAUAUACAUCACUGAGGACUUCUCCAUGAUGAAGCUGGCACAUGCAGAGGGGAAAUUCACAUCUUUCCCCCCCUCUGGAGCUAAUAAAGCAGGCGGAAGUAAAAAUUUAAAUCCUGAUAGCUGAUUUAUCAACAACAGUACUGUACUGGUCUUUGAUCUGCCUUGCUGGUAAUACUGCCCACUGAAGUGUCUUCUUGGAUCCUUUUCUGAAGUAGGUGAGAAAUAGGCGUGGCACAUACCUUUCCAGAGCAUUGUUGACUUGGUGAAGGUAUGUGGAUUUUGCAGGGGGUGGGGGAGUUGUGUGUGUGUCAAACAUCUCAAAGUGAGAUGUUCCAGGUGCUUACCCAGGUUCUGUUUCCUUGGAAUGAAGGUCAGCAAAGACUGUGGUGUCUUUCAGAUAUAUUUAUUUACAGAUGUAUACAACCUGAAUAUAGGACUGAGGGCCUCACAGGAUUAACACCCCAAUAGAUCUUGCUUCUCCACUAGUUGCAGUCGCAGACCCCUGUGUCUGUGUCUCCUUCCAGCUCUGUCCUCAAUAUAAUACAGUGGUACCUUGGGAUGCGAACGGGAUCUGUUCCGGAGGCCCAUCCUGAAUAGAAUGUAAGACGCGACUGCGCGGGUUGCGUUUCGCCGCUACCGCGCAUGCGCGUGAUGUCAUUUUGACCGUCUGCUCAUGCGCAAGCGGCAAAACCUGGAAGUAACUCGCUCCAUUACUUCCAGGUCGCCACGGAGCGCAACCCGAAAAUACUUAUCCUGAAGUGUAUUUAUCCCAAGGUAUGACUGUAUUCUAGCUAUUGUUCUCCUAUCUAACAGGAGGGGGUGUGGAGGAAAGGCCCCACCCAUUACAUUAUUGUCUUACAGAGAAACUUGUCUGGCCAACCUCCUCCAUUAGAUUAUAACCCUCACUGGUUAUUGUCCCCCACGAAUUGGAAGGGACUCAGUGCAUCAUCCAGACUGAGCUCCCCAAACCUACAACAUAAUUAAGAAGAGGCAAGCACAUCAGUAGGUAAUUAUGGAAAUGCGCAGAAAUCCUUCCUCUCCCCUAUUUUCUGAGCCUCUAGCAGAGUCUGCUUAGACAUUGUCAAGAUUUUCUCCACAGCUGUAAGAGCUAGCAGUCUUCUUCAACAGAGCAUAGGGUUUUCUGAGCUGGGGUUCAUGCAUAGAUUUGGAACCAUUUGGUCUGCUGUGAAUCAAGACUUGGGCCGGUUAACCCUUGCUGGAAUUAGUGAUUACCGAGGAUGUAUAGCUGCAGCCCAAAUCACCUGCCUGGCUUGUAAAUAAAAAAAAAAGUGUGUGCUGUGAUAUUGUGCUGCUGUGAGUGUCCCCAACCCACCUCAGCUUCAGUUCUUAGGCUGUCAUUUGCAAGGCUGAGAAACUAGAAGCACAGUACAGUGGUACCUCGGGUUAAGAACUUAAUUCAUUCUGGAGGUCCAUUCUUAACCUGAAACUGUUCUUAACCUGAAGCACCACUUUAGCUAAUGGGGCCUCCCACUGCUGCCGCACGAUUUCUGUUCUCAUCCUGAAGCAAAGUUCUCAACCCGAGGUACUAUUUCUGGGUUAGUGGAGUCUGUAACCUGAUGCAGCUGUAACCUGAAGCGUCUGUAAUCCGAGGUACCACUGUAAUGACUGUUGAUGGGAAGGGGAGGGAAGGCACAUGGUGGCAGCUUUUGGCAGCAGCCAUACAUCCUAUUUGUUUACUAGUAAUAAUUGUUUAAUUUGUGGUGUUGUGGAAAUUGAGGGCUGCCUAUAGGAUAGCUUCCUUCAACCUGGUGCCCUCUAGAUCAGGGAUGUCAAACUCAAAUUCAUCGGGGGCCGCAUCAGCAGUUUGGUCACCCUCAAAGGGCCGGUUGUAUCUGUAGGACUAUGUGUCCACUCUUUAUUAUCAUAAAUUAUUGUCACUGCAUUCAAUUAUUACUGUUUUUUGUAAUAAUGUAAGUAAUAACUAGCUCUGAAAGCAGAAACAUAGAAUAAUGGCAAGUAGAUAUUCAAAUGUACAAUUAUUGUACAAUUUAUUGAAAAAUGAUUUUUGGUAACAGACAGUAAUUAUUUUUUUUAAAACAUACAAAUAUUGCCAAACACUGUUUAUUACACAUAUGGCAAACACAAGGCAUUAACUUUUUUUUAACUUUUCUGACUAGAUGGCUGACAUCGUUUUCCUGAGGUCAGUCCAUCGAUGUCUGGCAUUAGGUCUUGUGCUGUAGCAAUCCACAAAACAGCAUGGAGGUUAUCAUCAGUGAUACGUGAUCUGAGCUUUGUUUUGUUUCUUUAGCCACAAGAUAGCUGGCUUUCACUGCUGCAUCAUUUUUUGCUGUCAUUUUUGCAAAAAUAUUCCGUUGAGAAUGCAGGCUACCUUUUAAUUCUUGGACCUUUUGUUGCUUUUCCUGGUGGCUAAGGUUAGCAAAUUUGGCUCCAUGUUUGGUCUCAAAGUGCCGGCGUAAAUUGUAUUCCUUCAUCACUGCCACUGCUUCAUAGCAAAUAAGACAUACCAGCUUGUCUCCAUUAAUCACAAACAUGUAUUCACUUUCCCAUCUCUCCUGAAAUUGCCUUCCCUCUGCAUCAACUUUUCUUUUCUUGGACAUUUUUGGGUUAUUUGAUUGUAGUUUAUGGUCCCUAUACCACUGUAAAGUGACACGGAAGUGGUCGGUAUAUCCAUAGUUUACCGCUCAGACUUUUAAGCAGUAUAAUAAGCAGACCCUCCCCUAAUAAGCAGAUCCCCUUCCCCCCCACAUACAUCAUAUGUACUUACAGUACAGGAGAGAAGGGUUCAGGCAGCCGUUGGAUCUGUCACAUCACAGGAUGGCAUGCGCUCAAUAUAAAAACAAGUGGAGGUUUCCUGAAUGCAUGUAAAGUGGAGGUUUCCUGUGUAGAACAGCCGGCACCGCUAGAGGGCAGACGUUCUCUGGCUUGUAGGCUGCCGUGCAUGCGCUGAAGAGGCGCCUUUCUUGUGUAAAAAAAAAAAAAAAAGCAAGAAUAAAAGGUGAAGGCUGGUGGCAGGCGGCGGCUACACGGGCCACAUGAUGAGGUCUGGCGGGCCGGAUUCGGCCCGCGGGCCUUGUGUUUGACACCCGUGCUCUAGAUGUUUUGGAUUACAACUUCCAUAAACUGCAUCCAGGAUAGUGGAGGUCACCAAAUUGGUGAAGGCUUUCACAGGAGUGUCUUUCGUCAAGAAAAUCAGUAGGGCUCAACAAGUACAUAGCAUGGUGUACUUGUUGAGCUCUGUUGAUGGAAUCUUAUUUGUUUCAGUUGUUCAUGCAGUGCAUAGUUAAACUCACUCUAAUGUGUGUGUAUGUGUGCAGCUACAUGUCUGUUACUUUUGAGUGGAUUUGAUACCAUGGAUGGUGUAACGUAGAACCUAAUGUCACAAUUACCAUGUGAUAGUCUUUAAGAUACCUCAGGGCUCCCUGAUUUUUAAAAAACAUAAAUGAUUAAAAUUUACAGUGAGACCUGCUUGGCGCUGACAUUGUUUCUGCUGCUGCGUUAAAAUGUUUCUGUACACUCAGGCAUUUUACAGUAUGUAAUGGGCUGUUUUUCUGAUCCUUAGCUCUUGUUGUGUUUGGUUAAUUGCAUAUUCUGCCAGUUUUGAUCUUGUAAUUUUUGAGAGAUGGGGUUGUUUUUAGUAAAAUAUGCAUUCAUUCAUUCAUUCUUUGGCUUUAAGCUUUGUAUAUUGUAUAUGUUUUGUAUUUCUGUGAGUUGCCUUGGGUUGUUUUGAGAAAGGAUCGUGACAAUAAUACAUUUGUGGAAUUUGUCUCACCGAAGCAGAAGAUCAGAUGCUUUGUAUUCUGGAUGAGCCAUCUACUUCUGUGCUAUAGAGAGGCAUUCUUCAUUGUGAGAUGGAGAUAUGGAAGUUACAGAUAAUUCACUCCUAGCAAUGGUUUGUUGUUUUGCUUCAGUUACUUAACACCUCCAGUAGACCUACACCUUCAACAAUGUCUGUAGCUAGGAUGCCAUUGAAAUUCAGAUCCACAUUAGUAAAUUGCUGCUUACAUUCUGCAGCCACCCCUUCCAUCUGGGUGCCUUGCAGUUUGUAACUCUAUCAAAGCAGGUCACUUUCAACUCCCUGUAGCAUCUCAUCAGGAAGGGCUCCCAUCCCCCAUAGUCACACCUGUCUCACUCAUUCUGCUUGCAGCUACUUCAUUUCAUUAAAUCAGUGGUUAGAAUAAUAGAUUCAUAGAAUUGUAGAGUUGUAAGGGACACUGGGGGGCAUCUAGUCCAACCCCCUGCAAUGCAGGAAUCUCAACUAGAUCAUACAUGAUAGACGGCCAUCCAACCUCUGCUUAAAAACCUCGAAGAAUAGAGAGUCCACCUCUCCUGGGAACCAGUUCCACAGCAAACAGCUCUUACUUUCAGAAAGUUCCUCCUGGUGUUUAGUCAGAAUCUCCUUUCUUGUAACUUGAAGCCAUUGGUUCAGGUCCUACCCUCUGGAGCAAGAAAAAACAAGCUUGUGACAGCCCUUUAUAUAUUUGAAGUUGGCUAUUCUAUCUUCUUCAUUCUCUUUUCCAGGCUGAACAUACCCAUUUCCCUCAAAUGUUCCUCAUAAGGCUUCAUGUCCAGACCCUUGAUAAUCCAGGUCACCCUACUCUGCACACAUUCCAUCUUGCCAAUAUCCUUCUUAAAUGAUGGUGCCCAGAACUGGACCCAGGACUCCAGGUGUGGUCUGACCAAGUCAUAAGAGAGUGGUACUGUUUUCUUGAUCAGGACACUAUACUUCUGUUGAUGCAGCCUAAAAUAGCAUUAGCUUUUUUUGCUGCUGCAUCACACUGUUGACUCAUAGAAUCAUAGAAUCGUAGAGUUGGAAGGGACCCAGAGGAUCAUCUAGUCCAACCCCCUGCAAUGCAGGAAUAUGCAGCUGUCCCAUACAUUAAGCUUGUGGUCUACUAAGACCCCAAGAAGCUUUUCACAUAUACUACUGGCAAGCCAGGUGUCACCCAUUUUAUAUUUGUGCAACUGCUUCUUCCUGCCUAUGUGUAGAACCUGACAUAAGUUCCUAUUUAAAUUCAUAAUGUUAUUUUGGACCCAGUUCUCUAAUCUGUUACGGUCAUAUGGAAUCCCGAUUCUGUGUUCUGCAUCGUUAUCUACCCCUCCCAGUUUGGUGUCACCUGCAGACUUGAUUAGCGUUCUCUCAGUACCUUCAUCCAAGUCAUUUAUAAAUAUGUUGAACAACAAUGGGCCCAGGACAGAACCCAGCAGUACCCCACUUGUCGCUUUUUUUCCCAGGAUGAGAAGGAACCACUAGUGAGCACUCUUUGGGUUUGGUCAGUUAACCAGCUACAAAUCCACCUGUUAUCUCGUUCAGUUCACAGUUUGUCAGUUCCAAGUUUUAUGGAAGAAUAUCAUGGGGGACUUUUUAAAAGCCUUACAGAAAUUAGAAUACACUAUGCUCACAGCAUUCCCCUGAUCCACCAAGUUUGUAACUCUGUCAAAAGAAAAAAGAGAUGAGAUUGGUCUGGCAUAACUUAUUGAUAAGAAACCCAUGCUUGAGCUUAGUAAUCACAGCAUCUUUUUCUAAAUGCUCACAGACCAAUUGUUUAAUUAUCUAUACUAGGAGCUUUCCUGGUAUCAAUCUUAAGCUGAUCGGUUGAUCAUUUCCUGGGUCAUCUUGUUUCCUUUUUUGAAGAUGUAGACAAUAUUUGCCCACUUCCAAUCUGCAGGGACCUCACUUUUUCUCCAUGAAUUCUCAAAAAUUAUAGAUAGAGGCUCUGAGAUUACAUCUGCAGACUCCUUUAGUACCCUUAGGUGCAGCUCAUAAGGUUCUGCUGCUCCAUCUGUUACUGGCAUUGCUACUGGAGCAUAUUGUCAAACAGCUGACCUUGCUGCUCCAGUAGCUGCUGGUGGUGGUGCUGGAGCAUCAACCUGAACUGCUGCAAGAAUCUUGCUGUUCCUCCAUUUCCACUUAGACACACCUUGCUCACGGGACCUCUUCCAGGAAACAUGAACCCCACUAUUGACACCAGUGUUGCAUGCCACCCCAAUCUCUAAGUGGUGCAAGAUUUCAGGGGUUCCAAGCACUUACCCAGAAUUCAUGUUUCCUUUUGGAAAUAAGACACAGUGGAUUCUGGUGUCUUUAUUAUAUGUGGUUUAUUUACACAUGCAUACAACUUGAGCCUACAAUGGAAGAGUUUGCAGCAUUAACACCCCAAGAAGAUACUUCUUCUCCCAUAGCCACAGCCUUGGGAUUCCAACAGAAAUCAGACUUGGCUCUCUCUCUCUCUCUGCCUUUCCAGCCUGCAGCUUUUGCAUCCAGCUUCUAGCUCACAUCACUCAACUCUCAACUGUGGCCUUUUGUCUUUCUAACUGAUAGGCAGUUGAAGAUGGGAGGCCCACCCAUUUGUUCUCUGACACAGAGCCACUUCCUUUGUUCCUUUAAUGACCCAUACUUAGUGGGUCUCACAUGCAGCCUACUUCCUCCCCUCUAAAAAAACAUAAAUGAAUCUAAGUAGAAGAUGAGAACGUGAAAUUUCCUGUGGAGAAAGACACAUGCAACUGAUUAAAACAAGGAUUUGGUUAUUUUCUCCUUGCAGAUGGGAGCAGAAUACAGCUUCUUCUGUAGUACAGGGUUGAUUAUUCGGCCAGUGAGGUGAGGUUAUUCAGAGAGUUCAUUUGUACUGUAAGUAAAUAAAUCCUGAGUAGCUGCACCCAGUGUGAAAAGCAAACAGGCUGCAUGCAGAGGCCUGCCAGGUGUUUAAAGACACAUCUUAAAACAUACACAUCUGUACAAUGUAAAGUAUUUAUAGCAAUUGAUUCCUCUGCCUCCCAGAUCCCCAGUUUUUGUACAAUUUAGUUUGCUCUAAAUGUCACACAUUUCUCUAGAUUAGGGUAAAUUAUUUUAAUUAAAUUGCCUGAAUUGACUGAACGGACCAGGAUGAUCUUGGCUCUUCUCCUGUCGCAGCAGCGUGUGAUCAGUUUCAGACAUGUCAACAGUGUAGGGUCCUCUCUGACUCAUCCCCCUUUGUCUUCCGCUCCCUAGUAGACGGACAGGAGCUGGAAAUCAAUGUGGCAUCGAUGCUCUCUAUUCCAGGGGGAAUAUAGCAUCACAUUAAUAUUGCAACCCCUGCUGGAGAAUUUGGAUAAAAAUCCAGGCUCCAGAGGGGCUUUGUUCGAGCAGCCAGCUUGCGGAUGCUGCCACAGCAUGAGAAUGAGAGCGGGCGGAUGUGUUGCCGGCUGGAGUAUUAUGCCAUGUCAGGAAGGAGGGGAAAGAACAAGCAUUCUCACUCAAGCCGACUUUUGGGGUUGAUGGCGCCAAGUGAGGUCCUGCUGGGAAAGUCAGCAUGAGGCUCAGGAAGACUCUAAUCAGCCCUCUAGUAAGGCAGGAGCUGCCUCAGCUGCCCAGAUUUCUCAAAGGAAGGACAAAGCUUUCCUACAGCACACCCUGAGAGUGGCCAGAAUUAAAACAGCUUGGAAACAUAGUUCUGCAUCUGUUCUUGUUUUGUGUUUUAAGAAAAAAGAAAAACGAGGAAACAGUGUGAACUAAAACAGGUUUUGGAUCGUAGGAACACAGCACUUCCUCCUCACACCCAUUUUAUGGCAGGGCUCAGGCUUACGCAGAAAUAAUUCAGGUUUGCCUAGAGACAGGAACAUCCAUUUAAUCUAGCUGCCAGCAAUGUUUAUACAGAGAUAAUGUAAAAGAGUGAUGUUUUCCAUAUGGAGCAAGAGACGUGUGCAAGUACCUGAGCAUAAGGACAUCAGAAGAGCCCUCCUGGAUCAGACCAAAGGCCCAUCUAAUCCAGGAUGCUGUUCUUGUGGUAGCCAAUCAGGUUACCUGAGAAUCCUGUAAGAGGGACCUUAGCACAACUCUCUCCACUUUCAGUUCCCAGGAACUGAUAUUACCUCCAGUACUAAAGACAUUACACGGCCCUCACAACUAUCAGCCACUGAUAGCCUCAUUCCCCAUGAACCUGUCCAACCCACUCUUAAAGUCAUCUAAGUUGCUGUGCAUCACUAUGCACUGUGACAGUGAGUUCCACAGUUUAAGUACACACUUUGUGAAGAAGUCCUUCCUUUUAGUCUCUCUUUAAUCUUCCCAAAUUCAGCUUUGUUGAAUGACCCUUUAUUCUAUUGUAAUGCAAGAAGGACAAAAGCUUUUUCCUCUCUACUUUCUCCAUACCAUGCACCAUUUUCUGUGCCCUCCCCUCCCCUCCCCACCAUUAGUUGCCUUUUCUGAACUGAGCCGCCAGAUCCCUCUCCUCCAGCAGCUCAACAGGGUGCAAAAAAGCCCUCUCCGCCAGGAACCCCACUUGACAACAUAAGCUUGAAAAGCCAUCAGGAAUGGCAUUUUAAAAUGACAUAUAACCUGCUUGACUUCCUGCCUGACCCUUGCAGCAUCUUUUAUUGAAUCCUGCCAUCUUUCAUUAAGAGCUUCUGAGAAGUGUAACUCUGACCAACAGGGCCUAGAAUUAUUUCAGGGAAAGAAUGAAUGUGCUUUAAAGGUAAAGUUUGUACGCAGAACGCAGAACUGUGCUUCAAUUAUGAAAGCAACCCUAGGAGCAAAAGAUGUGUGCAGCUAUAACCUGAAAAGAAGGAUGUGCACACUUCCAGUUGUGAUUGCUGCUGUGUAAAGAGUGCAUUGAGAUCUCCUUCAGAUAUGUAUAUGCAUAUAUUCUAACAUGGCAUGAGAACAUCCUUGAAGCACAGUAUAUAUAUAUUUUUUAAAAUAAUAUUUAUUAAAAGUUUCAGAAUUACAGAAAAAAAGAAAAAAUAGGAAACAACACUACAAUACAUAAAAAGAAUAAGAAAAAAAAGCAUAAAAACCAAUACAACAAUACAGCAAAAUAAAUAAAAAACACAAAAAAGACACAAAUCCCAUGUUACAUAUCUUAUUUGCUUGUUUCAUUGACCUCCUCACACCUCCCUUUUUGUAUUCUAGUUUAGUUAGUUAUUUCAGCAAAUUCUUUCCAUCUUUCUCAAUUUUUAUUGAAUAAUUUAUCUUAACAAUUUAACCUAUUAAUUAACUCAACAAAUCCUUUCCAUCUUUCCCCAUAUUCUGUUAUUCAAAUUGCCUUAAUUUAUUUAACCUUAUCUUACCGUAAAAUACCUUAGAGCUUGAAACUUAAUACUCAAUUAUACAUAACUCCUUAUAUCAUUUCUACUAAAGCCAUAUAGUUUCAUUCCAACAUUUUCCCUAAUAUUCAUUAAUUUUAGGCUAAUUCCCUAAAUAAAAAUUUUUCUUUAUAAUUUUUCUUCCAAUCUUCAUCCAGCAUCUCUUCUUCCUGGUCUCGGGUCAUGUCAGUCCUUACUGUCCAUUCCAUCUAGUCCAUCAACCCGGUAAUCUUAUAUCCGAGGCUCUUAAGUCUCUUCCAUGUCCCUUCUGCAGAUCUCCUUCUUCUUGUUUAUACCUGCACUUUUCCUUGUCUUUUGUUGGUCUCUUUCUUAAUUUCUUUCCUUUCUCAUUGAGGAGUAGGUCUCUGGGAAGUUCCAGCCCAAGAUUAUCUCCAUCUCCCUUCAUCAAACCAGCCCAUUCCCCACAGUCCCACUCCCCACAGUCAUCAAUGUAAUCCAAAAAAUAUUUAAAAGCAUAUUUCAAAGUCCCUCCGAAGUUAAGAACCUCCUCAGCUCCAGACUCCCCCUGACCCACUCCAACUUCAAUCUUCAAAGACAGCGGCUUAUGCUCCUGCAGGGCCUCGGAUCUCUCCAUUUGUAUUAUUUGAGGUGCAACCGCAACCUCCUCCAUUAUCUUCUGCACUUGCCCCAUCAAUACAGGUUCCUGAGUUGGUCCCUGAAUGGUUUCUGUAUCAAUAUUCCCUGUUUGUCCACAGUUAUUGACCACAACAGUCAUCAAAUCCAUUUUCUCAUUCAUCAGAUCCAUCUUCUCAUGCAUCUGUUCCAACAAAGCACUUGUCUUGCAUAAAGCAAGCACCAAAACUUCCUCCCAGCUCAUUUUUAUUCGAGGUCAAAAGGACUGGUCCCACGAUCUUAAUCUCACAGCUGUAGAGUCCUCAAGUAGACUGCAGCAACAAUUUAACAAGCUCCCUCUAGAGGAGACAAUUUCUAUUUGUAUCCAUCUUUUUAAGGCAAGUCCAACAAAGGAAAAUUACUUUCAUUUUUCAGAUAUUUUGUUUCUUUAGAAUGCAAAAGGCAACAUUGGAAUCAGUUUAUUUCUCUUCUUUAGCUAUCUGUCAAAGUAUUCCAUUCACAGUCAGUGAACCUCUCCAACAAUUUCUGUCUCUGACCCCCGUUCCCAGGUUUGAGACAGUGGAAGCUUAUCUUUCUUCACUCCCUCUCCUGCAGGCUUAAACAAAGAUCCCCCCCCCUUUUCUCCUGCUUCCAAGGGGGUUUUAGUGGUUAUAAAUGAAGGAAAUUUAGACUUUUUUAACGACUUUCCGGACUUUAGCUUACAAGGUUUUUGCUUCAGUCUAUGUACAAAAAGCGGAAGGCGGACUUCCUGUUUGAACCUUCCCGCUUCGGUGCCAAAUUAGGGUAUUUCUUGAUCCAAUUUUCCGUUUCUACUCACGGGUACUUGUUUUAAAUCCAGUUGUCCACAGGAAAAAGUCAGCGCUCUCCGGCAGUGGCUGUGCGGCUUCACUCCGUGAAAGUAGCAAUCAGUUCACAGCACCGCGCCGCUCACCCCACUUCACUCCGGAACCCCGAAAUGGGGUUCCCCGUGAGUAGGGGAGGCGCUCCUGGUGCCCUGCCGAACCCCACGUUCCCAGGCUUCCUCCGCCUGGGAUUUCUAGCGGGUCCCCACCUUCGCCGCGGCGGGAAGACCCAGUUUCCACGGAGCCAGUUCCUCCAGUCGGAGGAACUCCGCCAUUCGCCGAUGGCGCUAACCCGGAAGCACAGUAUAACAUCCAUGCCAGAUUCUGUGAUAGUUCCAAAUUCUUUAUCUGUGUGUCUAUGUAAUCACAGAAAAGUACCUCCCUUGCUAAUAGCAAAGUCUUAAGAGUAUAAGUUUAAAACUAGAAGUCAUGGACAUCCAGUGAAGCUGAAGGUUUGGAGAUUCAGGACAGAUAAAAUGAAGAACUUCUUCACACAACACAUAGUUAAACUAUAGAACUCGCUCUCACAAGAGGCAGUUUCCCACAGGCAUUUGAGUGGUCACUGUGAGACUGGACUGGGCUAGAUGGGCUAUUGGCUUGAUCCUGUAGGCUUUUUUUAUGCUCUUAAGUUGACCUGUGGUGGAUGAAUAUUGCCUCAUUGUUCACAGUUCGGGGCAGUUGUGGAAGGAAGACAAAACCAGCAGUUGUGUGUAUGGCUCUGAGGGCAGGAAUACAUGUCUGGGACUGUAUGUGGGAUCCUCAUUCCCUGGUGAGUGGUUAUAGUGGUAGCGGGAGUAUGUGAUUUGAAUGGGAGAAGACACACAUACGGACAGGUGGCUCAACAAAGAAUCUCGUGACACCUAAAAGAAUUAUGGUAGCAUAAGAGUUAGUGAGCUUUAGUCCACCUCAUCAUAUGCAUGAAGUAUUAUCCUGAAUUGCAGUUAUGUAUUUUUGCAUGAAUUCAGAUUUCCAAGUGGUGAGAGACUCAUGGGAUUCCAGCACUAACCCAGACACUGGUUUCCUUGGAAUGAGUCAAUGGAGAUGGUGAUGUCUUUAGAAUACAGUCAUACCUCGGGUUGAAUGUGCUUCGGGAUGAGCGCGUUCAAGUUGCACUCCGCGGCAACCCGGAAGUAAUGGAGCGCGUUACUUCUGGGUUUCGCCACUUGCGCAUGCGCAGACGCUCAAAAUGGCGUCAUGCGCAGAAGCGGCAAAAAGCGACACGCGCAGACAUGCCAUCACUGGUUACGUUUGUUUCUAGAUGCGAACGGGGCUCCAGAAUGGAUCCCGUUCACAUCUAGAGCUACCACUGUACAGUGGUGCCUCGCAAGACGAAAAGAAUCCGUUCCGCGAGUCUCUUCGUCUUGCGGGUUUUUUCGUCUUGCGAAGCAAGCCCAUUAGCAGUUUAGCGGAUUAGCGCUACAGUAUUAGCGGGCUUAGCAGAUCAGCUGAUAAGCGCCUUAGCGAUCAGCUGUUAAGCAGCUUAACGAUCAGCUGAUAAGCGGCUUAAGGAUCAGCUGAUAAGCGGCUUAGCGAUCAGCUGUUAAGUGGCUUAGCCGAUCAGCUGAUAAGCGGUUUAGCGGCUUGGGACAAGGGGGGGGGAGGACAAAUCCCCGCAGGAACUCGCAAGGCCUUUUCGUCUUGCGAAGCCAGCACAUAGGAAAUUCGUUUUGCGAAGCACCUCCAAAACGGAAAACCCUUUCGUCUAGCGGGUUUUCCGUCUUGCGAGGCAUUCGUCUUGCGGGGCACCACUGUAUAUGGUUUUAUUUACCCAUACAUGCCACCUGCACAUAGGAUGGAAGGGCUCACAGCAUUAACAGCCCAACAGAUCUUGCUUCCCCAUUCUGGUCCCAGGGAGAUUCUCAAGCUCAUAAUUUGGAUCCAGCACAAAGCAGAUAUGUCUCUCUGUGUCCAGCUUGUUAGAAUCAGCCAGAUCUUACCCUCAAAACCUCUUGUUCUUCCACUUUACAAAGUGAUGCUGCUUCCAACUAUGUAUGGGGGGUUAGCCUCAUUUGUCUCUGUGACAAUGUGGCAGCCUCUUCCUAAUGUAAAUGCCAGUACAUAACUGGCUGAAAGGUUUGGCUGGUUUCUGCUCAUACAGUGGUAGCUUGGUUUUUGAACAUCUUGGAAGUCAAACGUUUCAGUUUCCAACACCAAAAACCCAAAAGUAAAUGCUUCUGUUUUCAAAUGUGCCUUGGAAGUCGAACGGCUUCUGCUGAGCUUUAUUUCAAUUUUCUCCAUUGACUUUGCAGCCAGCCCUUUGCACCUCGGUUUUUGAAUGUUUCAGAAGUCGAACAGUCUUCGGAAUGGAUUACGUUCGAAAACUGAGGUACCACUGUAGAGUCUGCCAUCACCUACACAGCAUCACAGGUUUUGAAGGAACCAAUGGGUAUCACCCAUACUGACCCCCCCCCCAAACUAUAACAAUAUAUAUAUACAUGUGGGGGUGGAAUUAGAAGGAAAUGAAGUCAGAAGGAAGUGAAAAGCAAAAAAGCCACAUAUGGUGAUCACUACACAAGAAAACAGUCAUCAAAAGCAUACAUAUUCUGACACAUAUAUUCUGGCAUUUGUAAACCAAUUUGAGAGCAACCAUUUCACCCUCUUUCCCAAUUAACAUAUGUAGCAUGAUAAAAAAAAAAAUCAAUUCACAAAUGAUAGGUGUAGGUAAGGGCAGUGCUUCUUUAAAAAGAAAAAAAAAGGUGCCAGAACUCACAAUGAAGUUGUUACAGUAAGUGCCACUCUUUAAACAUGGGGCGGGGGAGAUGUUGGUACUGUGUACCCUUGAAAAAGCACUGUAAAGGGUUUAAUCCACGUCCUUAUUUGCAACCCUCCAAUUCAGAAAGAAGUGAGAACCAUCACUGGUUCACCUAUCACAGUAAAUCCCCCCUCAGUUCAAGCAUUAUUUUUGCAAGAAUGGGAUUAUAAAGGCAGGUUUUACUGGAGUGUUUUUUGUGGUGCAGCACCUCAAACUUGAUAAACUGGAUGGGGUGCAAUUUCACCGUUCUACCUAAGCUUCCUUUCCUGACGUACUUACUUGGAAAUAAGUACUCUUGAAACAAAUCAAAUGUGCUUGUGUUAACAGCUGCUGUUGUCUUUGCUUUCACCUCUAUGUGGAACAAUAUCAUCUAGAUAAAUAUGAGUGUGAUUUGGCUGGGUGGUGAAUCUUUCCAUCACCAGCAAGUUUUUGAGAGUAGUAUUGGCAACCAUUUGGUCAUUUGGUUGGUUUUUUUUAUUUUGAGUUUAUGUGAUAUUUGUAUGCUGUUUUGCCAACAGCAACGUUGAGUGCAAAAUAAUAAAGCAUUAAAAUGAGCAAAUAACAUUUUCAUUAGUAUAAUCAGCAAUCACAAUAGCAUAUAAGUAAAAAUAAACAAUUCAGUAAGCAAUUAAUGGUUGUAUUGACACCAAUACCAACUCACAAAAUUCAAAAGAAUUAAUCAGAAGAUGUUGCUGAGCAGCAGCCCCCUUCCAGUUGAUAGAUAGAUAGAUAAACUUUAUUCGCAUUAGCCAACGGCCAUAGCAACAUAAAACAAGCAAUAUAUACAAAUAAAAUAUAUACAAAUAAAAAAAGACAGCAAUGGGUAAAAAGGGCAAUCAAGUCACCAAGAUUAUCGUUCAGAUAGUGGCCCUUAAUCUCAUUGCACCCUCGCCCCUCCCAGUUGGCAGCAUCCUCAAGAACAUAAAAGAGCCUGCUAGAUCCGGCCAUUGGCCCAUCUAGUCUAGCAUCCUGUUCUUACAGUGGCCAACCAGAUGCCUGUAGGAAACCAGCAAGCAGAACAUGAGUACAAGAGAACUCUCCCCUCCUGUAGUUUUCAGCAACUGGCAUUCAGAAGCAUUACUGACUCCAACUGUGGAGGCAGUACAUAGCCAUCGUGACUGGUAGCCAUUGAUAGCCUUGUCCUCCAUGAAUUUGUCUAAUCCUCUUUUAAAUCCAUCCAAGUUUAUGACCAUCACUGACUCCUGUGUGCACAGGUUCCAUAGUUUAACUAUGCACCAGGGAGGAACUUCUUCACUCUCAGUCCCAGGCAGAAAGUCUAACCACAGGCCUGGUGGAGCCCUAGAUGGAGCACAUACAAUCCCUUGCAAACAGAAGCACUACAUUAGGCUGUUCCAUAGUUUAAGCCAUAGUGGCAGCAGAGCUGCUCUCACAGCUCUGUCCGAUUCAUUUGAACCUUAUUGAUUAAAAUUGGGAGCGUGGGGAUCAAGAUUAAGGGCUUAGGGGUGAGAUCUUUUGACCUUGGUGAAUGUGGUCUGGUGUUAAAGUGGAACUGAUGUUAAAAAUGAAUAGUAGAUCAUGUUCAUCUACUAUCACAUACCCUUUCAUCCUUCCGCGGAUAUUUAUUAGCUCAUCAUUCACACAGUCAGGCAGGAACUGACUUCUUUCAAAACAUAAUUUCUAUUUAGUGGUGAGAAAUAGGACUGGACUGUAGUCGCUGCAUUUGGAAAUAGCCAAAGAUUAAUUCCUAUUUUGUUCAUUUGAGGAAACAUGGCAUCACGAUAAGGUCAACUUUAUUACCAUUCAGCUAGCAAAUGUCAACACUACUUCAUGUAAGUUUAUCUCGGGGGGAGGCAGUUUUUUGAGAAGUCAUGGGGGCUUUGGGGAUAAUCAUAAAUGGAGGGUUCAAGCUGGGUAAUCCUCAGUGAAUUACAACCCUUGGAUUUAACAGUAUUUUAAUUUCCAGAAGGGUAACAGUGUUUGUCUCUUGCAGCAAAAAUUAACUAGAAUCUUGUGGUGCCUUAUAGAUUAACAAGUGCAUUAGGACAUAAAUGCAUUAGGACAUCAUGGGCAUAAGCUUUCAGCCACAUUCAGCCUGAGCCUAUUAUAUGUAUAUAUGUGUGUGUAUAUUAUUUAUUAGCUAACCUUCACCCCAAAGUCCCAGGGCGGGUUACAACAUUAAAACACAAUAUUAAAAUCAGUUUAAAACAACUUACAAUCACAAAAUAAGGUGGUGCCUAAAAAGAUGCCUCUUGAGUGUCAAAUGCCCAGAAUAAAGGGUAAAUAUAGAAGAAUAUAUUCAGAAGCAAUUAAGCAAAGGAGAUCAGUUCAAACACUGUGAGGCAUGCAAAGAUUUCUUGAUUGUUGUUGUUUAGUUGUGUCCGACUCUUUGUGACCCCAUGGACCAGAGCACGCCAGGCACUCCUGUCUUCCACUGCCUCUCGCAGUUUGGUCAGACUCAUGUUUGUAGCUUCGAGAACACUGUCCAACCAUCUCGUCCUCUGUCGUCCCCUUCUCCUUGUGCCCUCAAUCUUUCCCAACAUAAGGGUCUUUUCUGGGGAGUCUUCUCUUCUCAUGAGGUGGCCAAAGUACUGGAGCCUCAGCUUCACGAUCUGUCCUUCUAGUGAGCACUCAGGGCUAAUUUCCUUAAGAAUGGAUGCGUUUGAUCUUCUUGCAGUCCAUGGGACUCUCAAGAGUCUCCUCCAGCACCAUAAUUCAAAAGCAUCAAUUCUUCGGCGAUCAGCCUUCUUUAUGGUCCAGCUCUCACUUCCAUACAUCACUACUGGGAAAACCAUGGCUUUAACUAUACGGACCUUUGUUGGCAGGAUUUCUUGAUUAGAUACCUACUAUUUAAGAGCGGAAAGGCUAGAUAUAUAAAAUAUAAUUUAGCAUCCUAAGCAGCACAGGACUUCUCAUUCAUGGAGAAUAAUUAAAAUCCCCAUUAUGUAUGGGAUUUCUAAAAGGUGCAUGAAAUGUUAGGAACUACCUCAGGAUGUUUUGCAUAUUGUGUAAAACACGUCUUUCUCUUCUCUUUCUUUUUUUUUACGUUACGUUAUGUUAAUGUUAAUUAUUGUGGUACAGGUUUGCAUGAACGCCACUAUGUACAUUCCCUUGUUAUAAUUGUUCCUUUUGUUUUAUAUGCAUUAUAAAAUGAAAUACAGUGGUACCUCGGGUUACUAUUUCUGGGUUAGCGGAGUCUUUAACCUGAAGCAUAUGUAACCCAAGGUACCACUGUAAUGAAAAGCUUUACAGAGAAUAGAAUAAAACAAAGUCUAUUCCCUGCACUAGAGGUGAUAUUUAUUUAUUUAUUUAUAAUUUUCAUUCAUGACAAAUAAACAUUUCAAACAGAAUCAUCUUUACAUAUCAUAUUUUGACUUCCCUCCCCCUCUUUCUGUGGUUCCUUAUAUUUAUUUUCCUGCAUAUCCCAAUAUAAAUCUAUGUUGUAUUUUAUUUCCAUCCAUUUCAUGUAUGUUUUCAGUGCUGCACAUUUUUACAUUAAUCCUGCUAAUGUCUUAAUUUGUUUAUGAUGAGUUUGUAAAUAUUCAAUAAAUGAUUUCCAUUCCCCCUUCAAGACUUCGUUAUCUUGAUUUCUUAUUCUUCCAGUAAGUUUCACCAUUUCUGAAUAUUCCGUUAGUUUCUGUAGCCAUUCUUCUUUUGAUGGGACAUCUUCCUCCUUCCAUCUUUGGGCAAAUACCAUUCUUACAGCAGUGGUUGCAUACAUAAAUAAAUAUUUAUAUUGUUUAGGUAACUCCAAUCCUAUAAUUCCUAAAAGAAAAGCUUCUGGUUUUUUUUAAAACAAAAGUUACCUUAAACAUCUUUUUCAUUUCAUUGUAUAUCAUUUCCGUCUUCCUCUUCUCUUUCAGUGACUGUGACCAGUUCCAUAGAAAAAGGUAUGUGGCUGUUUAUGCAUUUUCAGUUGAGGGGUGAAGGAAGCUUCAUGCAGCGUUAAGCCAUGUUGUUUAACACCAUCAUGUGUACUUUGGCCUUUAGCGUCCUUUGUCAUUUGCACAGGCCAAUUUCCCCACUAGGUAUAUCUUGCUUUCUUGUAGAACAGAUAAAUAUUUCCCUGUCAAUCACCUAACUUGAGGGAGAGUUCAUGCUUUUUCAUUUAUUCAUCUCCCUGAAGACUAGAGUGUCUUGGAAGCCAAGCAUUAAAACAAAGAGGAUGGGGGGAAUCAGUGCCCCUCUAUGUCUUCCUGAUUGCUCUUUUUCUCCUUUAGUGGCCUACCUCACCAUAUUCCAUGUGAUCUUCCUGUUCUUCAUAUGGACGUAUUGGAAGUCUAUAUUUACUCUUCCACAGCAACCAGACAAAAAGGUAAAAAAAAGCUGGGAUGCUCUGGAGCAGCAAAGGAAACAGUUGAAUCAAGAGUUAGUUCUGCUGCCUUAAGAAUGUCUAGCCAAACUCAGGCAACACCCCUGGCCAGAGCCACCUGCUGCCCCCACAGUAGCCUGAGAGCAAACAGAUCAACAGUGGGUGGGGGUGUGACAGUGGGGGGAGAGAGGGAGAGAGAUGCAGCAUGAUACAAAUUGUAAUCAUCCCAAUGUGAUUUGGUCAAAUGACUCUUUGUCAGGGGCUGUCUGUAGUAACUUAUGUUACUAUCACAUAACUAACUACAGUGGUACCUCUGGAUGCGAAAGGUAUCUGUUCCGGAGCCACAUUCGCAUCCAGAGCAGAAUGCGCAUGCGUGAGCGGCGAAACCCGGAAGUAACGCGUUCCGUUACUUCCGGGUCGCCGCGGAGCACAACCCGAAAAUGCUCAACCUGAAGCAACUUCAACCCGAGGUAUGACUGUAUAUUAUAGUAGCAUGCCUCCAUAAAGUUAGUUAUAGUUGUGUUAUUAUAACAAGUUGGUUGAAACCUGUGUGGAUUCCAUGGUGACCAUGUAAGUGUGCUAGAUACAGGGCAUACCCUUGGUUUAGUCUUCGUCCUUAGUGGAGAGAGGGGUGGCCAUAACCCUGUUGUCAGGGUUGACUACUUCCUGGCAAAGUUUAGACUUCUGACAACAGCCAAACCAUUAGUGGUUGGGCACGACUCUGGAUGGUCUGUCUCCAAAGACUAAUGGAGCCAGAUAGGUUCCUGGCUGUUCUGGGGGAUUUCCCUGUGGACAGAGCCAGUGACCCUGUCAAGGCCUUGGUCUGUCAAUACCAUCACUCCAGUGCUGCAAGGCCCGCACUGCAUCAUGGUUUACUGAGUUGUGGCAGAUGGCAGAAAACUUGCGCCAAAGAUGACCAAACGCUUACUUGUUCAUACAACUCUGCCUGAGAACUGGUGCUGAAAGCAGUGGAGAAGAACUACUUUGCUGCCGACAUCACCUUCUCAGUGAACUGUCCAGCAGUUAUUUCAGGUGGCCCCAAGGCUAACUGUACCAGAAGUGCUGAAUGACACCACACACACACACCACCCCCAAAGCACUUGGUAGCAUGCUGUGAGUGUGUUGCACUGCAUUUUGGGGAUAAAGUCACUCAACUCUGUAGCGCUUUAGAUGUAGCAAUUGUGCAAGCCCAGUCAAAGUGUUCAAUUCAGCACCUUCUCAUAUUUUAUGCAAUCUGUUUUGGGGCUUUGUCUCUUGUUUACCACUUAGAAAUGCAAGUGACUAAGUGGUAUAUAAAUGUCUUAAAUAAAUAAAAUCCUCUUCUUCUUCUUCCAGUUCCACAUGUCUUAUGCUGACAAGGAGCGCUAUGAGAACGAAGAGAGACCAGAGGGACAGAGGCAGAUCCUUGCUGAAAUGGCACGGAAAUUGCCCGUGUACACGAGAGCAGGGAAUGGAGGUCAGCUGCACAGACAGCCUUUGAAAUGUCCACCUCAUCACUCUAAGCGGCACACACCAGCAACCCGCCUCAUGAAACAUGUCCUUGCCCUUUUGACUUUAAGAACCUUAAUGUGGAGGGAAUCAUAUUAGUUUAAAAGGAUUUCCUUUUAACUUUCUCUGUCAGUCUUUGUAGUAGAGAGGAAAUCCCUUAAAGAUGUUCUUGAUUUGUAAGAAAGUGGCUCAAUGCUUUGUGACCAUAUGCUGCCUCAGUUUCCAGCUGCUGUAUACAUUCAGAGAUCUAACUGGAUUUCAGACCUGAAUUGUGCUCUUAAAACAUCAGUAGUCCAGUGGUAGAGUAUGCACUUCACUUCCUUCAGGAAGGUCCCAUGGUUUUGUGUGUGUGUGUGUGUGUGUGUAUAUAUAUAUAUAUAUAUAUAUUUAUUUAUUUAUAUCCCAACUUUUUGCUCCAAGGAGCACAAUGUGGCAUACACAUUUCUCCCCCUCUCUAUUUUAUCGUCACAUGUGAGGUAGGCUGAGACGUCGUUACUAGCCUAAGGUGCACCCGGUGAGCUUCAUGACCGAGUGGGGAUUCGAACCACCACUGGUCACAAGUAGACAAUGGAUCCAUAUUAUGAUCAUUUAAGAAGCAGCUUGAUUCCAUAGAUAGUCACCCCCAGAUGUUUUGGACUACAACUCCCAUCAACGCCAGCCAGUAUGGCCAUGCUGACUGGGGCCGAUGGGAGUUGUAUUCUAAAACUUCUGGAGGGCACCAGGUUGACAAGUGCUCCUGUUAAACUUGAAAAAAUUAAUUGGAUCCAGCACAGUGUGGGACAUCACGGCCAUAUACAUGGCUAAUUUUAGCCUUCUCACAUCAGAAUUUUAUACUUCUCUGUUCCUGGAAGCUAACAAGAACUGCCAGCUCAGAACUGGUUGCUUUUAAUAGUAGGACUUUGAUUUGCAGUAAGUGAAAAGAAGUCAUUCAUGAAGUCUAGUUCAACCAGGGGGUCUAAAGCCAAAUGUGGUUUACAUUUGUGAAACAUGCAAAGCCCCAUCACAAACAUAUUUUGUAUCUAAUGUUUGCUCUUUACUAAAGUGUUUAAAUCUUUCAAGCUACUGUUAAUGCCUUGAAUGUCUUCAUAUUCAUGCUUCCAAUUUCAUAGGACUGUUAAUAACAAAUAGCAUUUAUUUUAUGCAUUUCAAAGCAUCAAUCAAGCUUGUAAAAUCAGGCAGUAUUAAUCAGAGGAAAUGGUCUUGCUUAAAGCUGCCUAUUGAGAGUGAGAUUUGCUCACUCCCAUUAUGGCUAAUGAAGGCGUUAUGGGGUGUGCUUCUUUGCAGCGAUUCGAUUCUGUGAUAGAUGCCAGCUCAUCAAACCUGACCGCUGCCAUCACUGUUCGGUUUGUGCCAUGUAAGUUUACCAGAAUGAUUUACAUCACUAUAACUCCACUCGUGAAGAAGAAAGCUAGCUCUUGAUGCUUCAAGGAGAAAGAUAGGGCAGUCAUGGGCUUGUCUACAUUUGGGCAUCAUUUUACUUUUAAUCCACUUUCCUCCCAUUCGACCAGAGUAGUCCACACUCACACAUAUUUGAAUUUGUGUAUGAGGAAGAACUUCAGUCUUUUCUGUUGAUACCAGCAAGUGUUCCCUUUUGUGUUUGUCCCCACCUUCUAAUUUGUUGAGUCUAUUUUGCCAGUUAAGUACUGACAGAGCAUGCAUAUCCCUGCACCCACACCUGUUUGUUUUUGAAUGAAUGAGUGAAUCUUUAUUUGCAUCAGCCAUCGGCCAUAGCAAUAAAACAACAAUACGAUAUACAAAAAAUGAAAAUAAAAAGUCAUUUACAGUAUAUAAAAUAAAUCUUGAUCUUCCAAGAGAAAGGACACUGUGGCAGUGACUGGGUGGCCCAGAAUGGAUGAUGAAAGAGGGGUCAUAACCUCAUUCCUCAAGUCUUUAUGAAGAGUUUGUUUUUUGUUUAAACCCUGCCCCCCAGGAAGUGCACAAAACCACACACAGUCAGGCAGUUAUAAAUUCUCAGUAAACAGUUUUUAAUUUAAAAAUAUAACACGAAAAAACCAAAGAUAGUAUUAUUUCUGUUCUUUUGGUGUUUCCCUUCAUGGUGUCCUGAUCUUUUUUUUCCUUUUUACAGGUGUGUAUUAAAAAUGGAUCAUCAUUGCCCAUGGUGAGUGGCACCCCUUGAAUUCUAUCUUUCUCAUGUCCUCCAGAUGUUUUGGACUACAACUCUCUUCAGCCACAGUCAGCAUGGAUGCUGGGGCUAAUGGUUGUUGUAGUUCUAAACAUCUGUGAUGCACCAGGUCACAGGUGGCUACUGUAGAAAAGCCUUUGGCAAUAGCUGGGAUCCUUUGAGGACAGAUGUUCUAAUGACUAGCAAAGACGAAGUGUUACCUGUGUGUCUUAGUGCUUCAAAUGACCAACUGUUAUUAUCUGAAUACAUAAAUGCCAUAGACUCCUGUACCAAGUAUAGUGGGAUAUGACAGCCAGUGGGGAAAAGUACUUGAAAUUACUGUUCAGUGGAAAUUCAUGUCUCCUGUGCACCAGGAUAAAAGGUUUCCCAGUGUUAUUAACUAUGGGAAAUUGCUAACCCAGUUUUUUGUUUGUUUGUUUGUUUGUUUUAAUAGGAAAGCAGGAUCUUUUGGUUGAACACUCCCCAGUCUGGAGCACAUUUUAAACCAAAUUUGAAUUGAGUGUCUGUGGCACCCUGGGAAUGAAAAAAUCAAGUUGUGUUGUUUCUUAGGUCUUUCAGCCUUAAUAAAUAGAUGGCUUGUGUUUUCUGUGGAAUAUGAAAGUAAAUGAGACUGAGAUUAUGCCCAAGUGCUGAGAUGGAACUUACUUCCCCAGAAGGCAAUGAUGACCACCAACUUGGAUGGCUUUAAAAGAGGAUGAGACAAAUUCAUGGAGGAGGCUAUGCUCCGGCUCCACAGUUGAAGGCAGCAAUGUUUCCAAAAUACCAGUUGCUGGAAACCACAGGAGGGCUCUGGUCCUGCUUGUGGGUUUCCUUUGGGGCACCUGGUUGUCCACUAUGAGAAUGGGAUGCGGAACUAGAAGGGCCAUCGGCCUCACCCUGCAGACUCUUCUUAUGUUCCUUCUUAUAGCAGGUCAUGACAUUGAUGGCACUCUGCAGUUAUGCUCCAUCAAGGAAAUAAGAGUGCUUUUAACUGCUUUCACUUUGCUCCCAGCCCCAUUAUGCUUAACGUGGCUUUUUCCUCCCCUCCUUUUGCUCUCUAGGGUAAACAACUGCAUUGGAUUUUCUAACUACAAAUUCUUCCUGCUAUUUUUAGCAUAUUCUCUUUUGUACUGCUUGUACAUAGCUGCAACAGUCUUCAAGUAUUUCAUCAAGUAUUGGACAGUAAGUUUUUGAACCUGACUGCUUUCUAUGUAUUGGUUUUUUUAAGACACUCUGGGUUCUAAUAUUAAAGCAGUGACCAUGGCUCAGCUGGAAACACAUGUUUGUUUCCAUGCAAAAGGAUCAAUGUUCCAUCCUUAGCAUCUCCAGGUGGUAAAACCACUUUCUGAAAGCCCUGGAGAGAGCCUCUUCCUUUAGAGCAAACGACACUGUGUUCAGUGGUCUGACUCCAAUAUAUGAAGCCCAAAUCAAGUGGUCUUCUAAUUAGGCACAAGUAAGAUCUGCUAGCCGACAAAAGAUUUACUGGUCUUUUCACAUAAAGGGUGGCUUUUGGAUGUAAGUCAUAUCCUGGACCUGGUAAUUGUGUUUUUCUUUCUUAAAUUCUUUUUUACGUUCAUUGGAGAAUAACUGUGAAUAUUGCAAUAACAGGCUGUCUUCCUUAUCUUGAGUCAGACCACUGGUGCAUCUAGCUCAGCUCUAACUGGCAGCAGCUGAUGUGCGCUGUAUGUGUGUGUAGCGCUUUGUGGCCAUUUUUGGGUUGACUAUUUUUGUGGUGAUCAGGCUGAGGUUGUUGGGGCUGGUAGGGGUUCUGAUUGCUUUGAAUUUAGUGCCUGGUCAAUUUUAGUCUUGUUCUUUGCUGUUUGUUUCAUAAGAAGAAUAAGAAUGGUAUUAUCAUCAUCUCUCCAUGGCUCUUCCACAGCCGGAACUGCAAGAUUGGUAAGAAAGAUGUGCAAAUCUGCUCACUUUCCUUUGCUUUCCUUUGCAGGAGGAGCUGACCAAUGGGCGUGCCAAGUUCCAUAUUCUUUUCCUCCUUUUUGUGGCAAUCAUGUUUUUCGUUAGCCUUCUCUUCCUCUUUGGCUACCAUUGCUGGCUCGUCAGCCAAAACAGGUCUACGUUGGGUAAGCUAUUUAUUGCACCUGCUCUGCAGAGUUCUUUGGUUAGGAGCAGAGGGUGUUGGCAAACCUUGUUGUUGUUGCUAUUUUUAAACAAUAGCAAGUCAGAAACUGUUGCUGAACUACUACAGAUCAUCCAGAAAUCUAUCAGUAGAUCCCAGUCUAUCUUCUGUUCACCUCUUCAUUAGUGGACCUUUUUGACAGUGAAAACCCAGUCUUUAUUUUUUAUUUUAUUUUAUUUUAUUAAGUGUAAUCCUGCUCUUCAUGAUUUUUUUUAACUCAAGGCUACUGGAGUGGCUUGCAGAUCACUACAGAUGUGACAGAACCUGCCUCCAGGUUUUACUGUCUAAAAAUGCAUGACACAAAAGGAAAAUGACGUGAGGGGGAAGAGGAAAUAAGAAAACUUAUGUACAAGUUCUUAGGUACAAGUUAUUCUGCUGAGAAACUGUGGUGGAAUGGUUCAAGGGGUGGAUAAUCCCAAAGUUGCUUGUCUUUAUAAUCUGUCACUCAAGGGGACACACCUGGUGCCCUCAGGUGCAGGAAGGAUGCGUCUGAGUAUGCAGAAACCACUACUAUUUUUCAGUGGCCACUUUUCACUUCCAAAACGAUAGGCAUUCAGCUAUCAAGUUCAGUAUAGGAGAGUAUGGUAAUAAACAAAUCACAUUUUAUUUUUGUCUGCAGAGGCCUUUUCAGCUCCUGUGUUUCCUACUGGCCCUGAUAAAAAUGGAUUUAAUCUUGGCAUUAAAAAAAAUCUUCAACAAGUGUUUGGAGAGAAAAAAAGACUUUGGUUCCUCCCUGUGAUAUCCAGGUAAGCAGACAGGAAGCUGCUGUCAGCCUAAGAGUAGUAGAGCGCAAGAUCUCUACAGUAAACUACAGAACUAGACAGGAGAGGCUGUCAGACUUUCCUUUGGUGCAGGGGACAGCAGCAGCCUAGAUCAAGUCUGUGUUUUGUGAAUAGUUUUGUAGUUAAAAGUAGAAACAGAAUCUGCUUUCUCCUUCUCCUCCUCCCCUCUCUCCCUUCCUUCUUCUUCUGGAUGGAGCCCGGGUGCCUUUACCAAUUUGUUGCCUUUGUCUCCACAGUCAAGGCGAUGGACAUUUUUUCCCAACAAGAACUCUGAGUGAAGCAAGGAAUCCACUGCUAGCAAGUGAAGAGCAAUGGGAGGAAGAUGGGUUGGAUGAUGAUAACCUCGGUAAGGAUGGGAAAUGCAUCUGGAACUUACUGUUUUGGGAAGAGUCACUGUGUUGCAACUGUAAGGUCUUGUGGCACGUUAAAGACUGACACAAAUAUUGCAGCAGGAGUCUCUAUUUCAUAAGGUGCAAAAACUGGACCGUGAAAAGGAUGGAUGUAGAUAUCCAUGGAUAAAGUAGGGUAGGGUGGUAUGGUGGCCUCUGAUGCAAAGUGGGAUUUUGAAAAUGAGUAAGAUUUGCUUCAAACAGAAACCACUCAUCAUCAUUGUUAUUUAUCACUAUUGCUUUUUCAAUUUUUAUGCCACUUUUUUAACAUCAGUGAGCCCAAAGUGACCCACAGCACAAUAGUGGAAGUACAUAGUAAAAGUGCAUUCAUACAGUACAAAAAUCAAUAGCAUUUCAUUUCAAAACAUAAUAUGGCAAUACAAAUAAUUCAUUUCAAUUUCAGAUUGAAAAUCUGAACAUUAUACCAUUUUUAAUUAAUUAUAAAAUAGGCAAUACAGUUCAUUAAAGCAUGUAUCAAUUGAUUAGAUAUAAUAAGCUUUCCAAUGCAGUCAGGUAUCAACAAAUAAUAUAACUAGUAGCUGGUUUCUCAGACCUGCCAAGUGCAGGAAAUAGCAAUCAGACAUUCUAGAGUCUGCAACAGCAGCAGGUGACCACUCAUAAUACUCUGAUGCAGUUCUUAAAGGCUCCAUCAGCAACAGAGACAUGGGGUUGGAGGGUUGAUGUUCAGUCUCUAUUCCUGCACUCUAGAUGUUCCUGCUGCUUCUGAAUGAGGUUUGGUUACUAUGCCUAACCAUCCCAUUUAUUGCUCCUGGAAUCAAGAGCAACUAUGAGUCACACCCUCUGACUUCAUUGGCUGCAACAGCAGCUGAGAGGAACUAGCCAGGCAUAUGAAUUUAGAGCAGCCAAACAACAGGAGCCACUUCCAUGAGCUGCAGAGAAUCCCAGCUGACAAAGUGUCAGGGAGAGCUAAGCAGCUGAGCAAAUCUAACAGCAGGGCAACGAGGCCAGAGCACACUCCUUUGCCCCUCCUUUCUAUGACCUAAACAAACCCUGUGCUUCCAAUAAACAACUCUGUAAACUACAAAAUUUAUGCAGUGCGUAGUUAAACUAUGGCACCCACUAUAGGCACCAACUUGGGGGGGCCUAACAAAGGAUUAGACAAAUUUAUGGAGAUAAUGGCUGUAAGUGGCCACAAGCCAUGGUGGCAAUGCUCUGCAUCUGUAGACAGAGGCUGUGUGCUUCUGAGUACCAGUUGCUGGAAACCGCAGGAGUGGACAGAGUGCUUUUGCUCUCCAGUCCUGUGUGAGUGCUUUCCACAGGCAUCUGUUCAGCUACUGGACUAGAUGGGCCAUUGGCCUGAUCCAGCAGGCUCUUCUUACUUUAUGUUCUCCCCACAUCCUUAAAAGCAGCUGUCUGGGAAGAUUUGGGCAAUCUAAUUCUCACCACUGAGGGCCCAGAUUUCCUGUUUCUCCAUUUAAGCAGGAGAAGCAGUUGGAGAGAGCCAGGUGGUUUCUCUCUGUUUCCUGGUAAGCCUCCUUGCCCACUGUCAGACUUGCAUAGAGAACAGCAUUGUAUUGGUCUUGUGGGGAGGAGCCAUGCCUGGCCCUAUUUGACCCUGAUCCCUUUUCAUCCACAUGCCACCUUCUUAGGAAGCUUCCCCACUUAGAGCUGCUGCAGCUACUCUGGGACUUGCAUUGCUUUCAGACAGGCAGGCUAAGGAACAACUCAAAGACAGGCUCACAAGCUGAGGCUCUUGCCCUAUUCGCAGUAUCACUAGCCUUCUGCGCAAACUGAGAGGGCGCCCCAGAAUCCUUCAUCAUUUUGCAGAAAGUCUUGGAGUUCCCUUUGAAUUCACAGACAGGAUGUUCCCAUUCAGGGCAGCAAAGGCCUGCAGCAGACCUUGAGUGUCAAACCUUCAGAACCUUGCCAAAUAUUUUGCAUGUGCCUAACACAGUAAGUAAUAAGCUGCAGUCAAUUCUUCUGGUACCGGUUUAAUUUGUUACUACUGACUUUGUACAAAUCUGGUCACAUAGCUAGGGAAGGCCUGUGACUUUCUCCUUUGCUGCAGAUUGAACCAACGGACUCUCAGAUGAAGUGCACACAAGAAUAGAUAAAUAGGCUCACCCCAGCAAGGCUUCUCCUUUAGACAAAAACAGUUAAUCUAAAGAGUAUCUGAAUGCUCCCACCCUUGUUCCUCUACUAGCAUAUCCAGCAAAGCCAAUCAGUGGAGCUGCAGAACUGGUCAAGUUGUCUUCCCAAAUCUCAGUGUCCUGGAAGCACUUGAAAGGGAUUGUGGUAAAACUCCCCCCUCCCUUUCUGGCAAGGCACUCCUUCAACUCCAUGUUUGUCGGCUUUCACAUUGACAUUAUUCUGUGCUAGAAAAUGCUCUGAAGGAUGCUUCAUUGCAAAAUUUAAUAAUCUCAUCUUCUCUGAGACUCGCACUUCGAACUCCAGUGCUACUGGAGAAAUGUACUCUCCUAGGAUCUUGGAAGAAUUGUUGAAGUGGCUGCGUUCAGCAUUGUCUCUGAUGAGUGACUAAGAUUGUCAUUAGUGCACCUGGAUUGGGGCAACAUCUUCUCCUGAUGCUACACCACUUAGAUUGCAGGAAAGGGAACUCAUUACAUGCUGUGCAUGUGUGUAAGAGAGAGCGGGGGAUGGGGAGAGGAUGUUGCUAGAUUGUGGUGCAGUGCACACACGCCUAUUCAGUAGAAAGUCUCACUUAGUUCCAUGGGGCUUAGUCCCAUGGUGAGACGAUGUGAAAUUACAGCUUUAGUAACUUUAUUAUUAUUUAUUUAAAAGUGUUAUAGUCCACAUUUAUGAGUAAAGCUCACUCAAAGCAUAUUACACAGUGACAGUAACGGGGGGGAAAUCUGACAAUAAUGAAGUAGAAUAGAAUGCAAAACCUCCUAUAAAGCUCACAUCUUUAAUAAAACCAGCAAUUAUAAAUACACACCCAGUCCAAAUAUAAAAUUAUGCCCAAAGAUAAAAGUUGCUGUCAUGCUGCUGAUAAACAAUCCAUGAUUUGGCUUAACAUAAUGUCUUAACCUGGAUUUGUGGUUUGUUUUCCCCAAACUAACCAUGUGCAGUGAGCCAAUAACAAACUUUGGUUUCUCCUCCUCUGAACAUCCUUUAGUGCCACAUUUUCUUCCAUUUGGACAAUAACUUCUAGGCAGAAAAUCCAAUUGAUGUUUUCUCCCGAUUUAGCGCUAAACAGUGGGUUUCCCCGGGGAAAACGGUGGGACCAAGCAGAAGUGUGGAUGUGUCCAUGGUUUGUUUGGAGAGAAACCAACCAGGAGCCCAGGUUCAGAUGUAAUGCUAGGCCUAACCAAGAGUUUAUUCCAGGCAACAUACCAGCAGCAGGAGGAAGGGAGGGAGGGAGCAAAGUGCAAAGAAUUUCAGUAUACUACAGGUUCACUUUCAACCAAAGUUUAUUUUAAACUAUGGUUUAGAAUCAUAGAAUCAUAGAGUUGGAAGAGACCACAAGGGCCAUUGAGUCCAACCCCCUGCCAAGCAGGAAGCACCAUCAGAGCACUCCUGACAUAUGGUUGUCAAGCCUCUGCUUAAAGACCUCCAAAGAAGGAGACUCCACCACACUCCUUGGCAGAAAAUUCCACUGUCGAACAGCUCUUACUGUCAGGAAGUUCUUCCUAAUGUUUAGGUGGAAUCUUCUUUCUUGUAGUCUUGUAGUUUUAAUGUGAUGUUUGAACCAGGGCAAUGUCUGCCUUCUCCCACAUUUCAUUUUAAGUCUCUGCAGCUGAAUGCAGGCCCCAUCCAUGGUUCCUACAUCAGCCAUUUUCGUACAAUAUUGUGCCUUAUUGUGGAUUUUGUAGCUUCCCGACUUUGCUUUCAUAAUUGUGGUAGUCAUGGAAACCCAUUCUUGGGUAGAGUAGUGCCAAUAAACAAAGUGGUCUUAGAUUGGAAAUAAGGAGGGUAACCCCAGACUUGAAUGACAGCAUGCAAUUACUUUUCACCGUAGUGGUGUUUUGCAACAUUCACAUUUCUGACGCUGUGUUUAUUAAUGUUUUAUUUGGUGCAAAUGUUUUUGUUUUACCAACUAGAUUACAACCAAGGUUCUUCAAUUUCUGUGGAAAUGGAGACGUAA